UCUAUACUUUAAUCAAUACAACUCCAAUAACCAAGUUUACGCUUAUCUUUAAUUUUCAGGCGAUUUAAUGUGGGAAUUCCCUUCAUCGAUGUUGUUCCUAUAAAUGCAUAUUCUUCUAAAACCCCAUCUUUCAUUUUCAUUUUCAUUUUCUCUUCAUUGCAAAAUCCUAAUCAACACGUCGUUUUCUCCUCGUUGUUUUUCCCCUGCAAAAUUGAUGCGUACCAAAGUAGACAUAAUUUGCCAAAGUAGACAUAAUUUAUUUGUGACGGUGAUCGAACAGCACCGGUGAGCCUGAUUCCGACAAUGCUCGGAACCCAACUGAAUUUCCGGUCUAUUACUGGCGUCGGAGCUUCUUGGACGGAUCAGAUGAAUUUCUGCAGCUGCCCGAUUUGGAGCUCGCAUUGUUGUUCUUUAAGGAUUCAAUUUUCUUUUGGAUUGACGUUAAAUUCUGCAAAGCCGCAUUCUUCUGGUGUGAUUAGGGGAAGAAAAUCUAAGUUAAAUCGCAGAGUAUGGUGUAUGUCUUCUUUGGGGAGUUUUAGUAAGAAAAAUGGCGACGACGACGACGAUUAUGUUGAAGCUAUCCUCCUCAUUUCAGAAACUAUUAGUCACCAUCGGAUGCGUAUGCAUGGGUUUAAAGAAGAGAGGACAUGGCAACCAUCUCUUCACUUAGGUCCCUUCUCUAUUCAACCAAAGGAUCCUAGAUCUCAAGUUCAUCCUAUAGGAUCAGGUUUUCUUCGACGUUUUGAGAGUCCAACCAUCUUUCUCAAGAUUUCUUGUGAUGGAGACUUCAUUUUGCCAAUCAUUGUAGGGGAAAGUGCGGUUGAGAAGCUCAUACAAAGCUUUUAUGAGGAUGAUGCAGGGGACUGUCCAAAUCAAUACCAACUUGUAAGGAAUUUGAUGGAAAAUUCUGGUUAUGAAGUAAAAGUAGUGAGGAUCACAGAAAGAGUAGGUAAUAUAUACUUUUCGAGGAUAUAUUUCCACAAGCCAGGGGAAACCAAAAUAUUGAGUGUAGAUGCACGUCCUUCUGAUGCCAUCAAUGUUGCAAAGAGAUGCAAGGCCCCUAUAUAUGUACAUAAACAGAUUGUGUUAGCAGAUGCAACUAGACUUUCUUACGGGGCGGGUAGAAUGAGCACCAAAGCUGUAUUUGAUGUAUCUAUGGACAGCCCUGCAGAUGGCCCAGAUUUACUUUCUGAAGAACUAAACAUGUUGACCAACAUGAAUUUGGCUGCCGAAGAGGAAAGAUACGGUGAUGCAGCCCUGUGGAGAGACAAACUCAUGAAGCUUCGCAAAUCAAAGUACGGGAGUUAGUUCAUUUUCUUAAGAUAAAGAUAUUUGUACUAUGUUGUAAGCUGUCUUGCUUGCCUGAAUAAAGCCCCAGUGUUCUUGCACGCAGGUCAGCUGGAGUAAAUCGUUACAGGAAUUUACAGUGACUGGAUUCAUCAGUCAAUACAUAGGGUUUUGUAUGUACACAUAGGGUUUUGUAUGUACACAUAGGGUUUUGAAUUCUCACAUAAAACACUCCCUCAAUGGAAUUGUCUAUUGUGAUCAUUGUUAGCUAAGUUGAAUUAUUAUAUC